AUGCGGAAGGACAUAGCUGCGAUCAUCGACGACGGCCGGCGGCCAACCAAGCGUCAAGUUCUAAGAUGCGUCAUGUCUUUGUUCGAUCCACUCGGACUGUUGGCCAUGUACACCGUGCACGGAAAGAUCCUAAUCCAAUCGAUAUGGCGUUCGGGUAAGGAUUGGGACGAGGAAAUCGGCGAUGAAGAAUUCCAUCGCUGGAUGAAAUGGAAACGCGUGCUGAACCAGGUUGACAGCAUUCGCCUCCCCCGUUACUACAUCGGCAAAACUGUCUCCUCGGCUCUGGGAUCCGUCCAACUUCACCUCUUCGUGGAUGCAAGUGAAGAAGCCUACGCAGCUGCCGCCUACUUCCGGUUCACACUUCUCGACGGAACGAUCAUCUGUAGCCUCGUCGCGGCGAAGACCAAAGUGGCUCCCCUUAAGCCGCUUUCUAUACCUCGAUUGGAACUGCAAGCGGCAGUCCUCGGCGCAAGACUAGCCAUCUUUAUUGGAGAAAAUCAUACAAUUUCAAUCGAAAGAAGGGUUUUCUGGUCAGACUCCAGCACAGUCCUAGCAUGGAUUCGAUCAGACGCCCGUAGAUACCGGCAGUACGUAGCCUGCCGUAUUGGAGAACUACUCACAAUUACGGAAGCUAGUGAGUGGAAAUGGGUUCCUACCAAUAUGAAUACUGCAGAUGAAGCCACGAAGUGGGGUAGUGGCCCCUGCCUAUCUACGAACGGAAGGUGGUUCCAAGGACCGCAGUUUCUGUAUUCUCCUGAGCAGCAUUGGCCACAACAAAGUCACAUGAAAAACAUUUGUACGGAGGAAGAACUUCGAUCCUGUUUCGUUAACAAUGUCUCGCGGCAUGUACCGUUGAUUCCAGUUGAACGGUUUUCUCGCUGGAUUCGGCUUCUAAGAGCUACUGCCUAUGCGUUGCGGUUUAUCUACAAUAUACGGAGGACUAAACAACAGCGAAACACUGGACCAUUGGGCUCAGAGGAAAUGCGUGAGGCUGAGAACGUUCCUUGGCGGCUCUGCCAAGAAGAAUCGUUCCCGAGUGAGAUUUCACAACUAAACUCAAAGAAAUCUGAAGUAUCGAAAUCAUCACCUAUUGCCAAUUUGUCGCCCUAUCUUGACGAACUCGGAGUACUGCGGCAAAAUGGUCGAAUCGGCUCGGCCUCCUACGUUGGAUUCAAUACGAAGUUCCCGAUAAUCCUGCCAAAGGCACAUCAGAUUACUGUUCUACUCCUUGAAGACUUUCACCGCCGAAACCAUCAUAUAAAUAUUGAAACUGUCGUGAACGAAAUAAGGCAAAACUUCUACAUCCCACAGCUCCGCAUAGCAGUACGGAAAACGGCAAGAAAUUGCCAAUGGUGUAAGAUCUACAAGUCGCAGCCGUCUACUCCAAAGAUGGCACCACUACCAGCUGCAAGAUUAGCAUCCUUUGAACGGCCGUUCUCAUACGUUGGAGUGGAUUUCUUCGGUCCAAUACUAGUGAAGGUGGGACGAAGUCACGCAAAACGCUGGGUGGCCCUUUUUACGUGCCUGACUAUAAGAGCGGUCCAUCUUGAAGUUGCGCAUAGCCUAAGUACGGAGAGUUGCAUCACCUUUUUUCGUCGUUUCAUCGCUCGUCGAGAAGCCCCCUUGGAAGUUUACAGCGAUAAUGGCACCAACUUUCAAGGUGCCGAGAAACUUCUUCGAGAGCAAAUAAACAACGGGUUAGCAGAGUCUUUCACGAACUCCAAUACCAAGUGGUUCUUUAAUCCUCCCUCAGCCCCGCACAUGGGCGGAGCUUGGGAGAGGAUGGUGCGCUCUGUAAAAGCCGCUAUAGAAAACAUCGACACCGGGCGGAAACUAAACGACGAAGGACUUCUAACGCUACUGACAGAAGCGGAGGGUAUCGUCAACUCCAGACCGUUAACCUACUUGCCACUGGACUCGGAAGAACAAGAAGCUUUGACGCCGAACCACUUCUUACUCGGAAGCACAACUGGUGUCAAGCAACCACCUGCGAUUCCCACUGAUCAACGGGAUGCGGUUUCCAACAACUGGAAGCAGAUUCGUCAUCAGCUGGACAUUUUUUGGAACCGCUGGCUAAGGGAGUAUUUGCCGACCAUCUGCCGGCGCACAAAGUGGUUUAGCGAUACCAAACCCAUCGAGGUGGGAGACUUAGUACUCGUAGCGGAAGGUGCUAAACGAAACAGCUGGACACGCGGGCGAGUGACGGAAAUACAGCCAGGUCCCGACGGACGUGUACGACGGGCUACAGUACAAACAUGUUCGGGUUUCAUGAGAAGGCCAGUCUGUAAGUUGGCCCUGCUUGAUGUUCAAGAUCCUUGUAAAACAGCUCCAAACACGCAGUCUUACGGGGGCGGGAAUGUUCCUAAGCUAACUGGCAACGCUGAAGGUCUCAUACUUCGGCCUGCGAGAACCACUCACACCAACCGACGUGACAAUGCGAUACCUGCAGAUUCUAUAGCAUCGCACGAUCAAAACAAAACCGAGAACGAAACCUCAGAAAUGAAUGCGAACCCUAAAAGUGUGGUGAUGUGA